UGUCCUGACGGUACGUUUAUUGCUGCUCCCUUCUUUGGUUCCAGCUUGGACGUUCUCUUCCAACUCUUUAUUGCCCCCAGCCGAAGGAGCUACGGAGAAGUAGGAGUUGCUACAGAGAACAGUAGAGAGAGAAGGGGAUCUCAAUUUCUUUUGACUCGUUACGAGGUUUCUGUAGACAUAGUAGAGAGAGAGAGAGAGAGAGAGAGAGAGAAGGGGCAAGACCGAAUUAGAGGUCAGUACAAGAAGGAGGAGAAGAAGAAGAAGAAGAAGGAAGCGGGAGAAGAAAGCGCUGGUUUCAGCAGAGAUGGAAUGGCCUGACGAGUACCAGAAGCUCGUCAACACAAUGAUGAACGAUCCCAGGGUGGUGAUCGACAAUGUGGUGUGCGCGACGGCGACGGUGGUGCGGGUAAACAGCGCCCGCAAGCGCGGCAUGCUGCUGGAGGCCGUGCAGUUGCUCACUGACCUCGACCUCACCAUCAAGAAGGGCUACAUCUCCUCCGACGGCCGCUGGUUCAUGGACGUGUUCCACGUCGCCGAUGGAUGCGGCCACAAGCUCGCCGACCCCGCCCUCCUCUCCCGCAUCGAGCGCUCCCUGGGCGGCGAAGCCGCCUCCUCAUCACCCGAUGACAAUAGCUACGAUGGUGAUGUUGGUGGCUUGGCUGGCCUCACGGCUCUGGAGCUCACGGGCACCGACCGCCCUGGACUCCUCUCCGAGGUCUUCGCCGUGCUCCGCGACCUGGAGUGCAACGUGGUGGAGGCCAAGGUAUGGACCCACAACGGCCGCAUCGCUUCCCUCAUCUUCGUCAAGGACCACGACUCGGGCUCCCCCAUCGCCGACGCCCACCGUGUCCACCGCAUCGAGGUCCGCCUCCGCAACGUCCUCCGCGGCGACCACGAUGUCCGCGGUGCCAAGACCACCGUGGUCUCCCCCAGCAUGACCCAUUCCGACCGCCGCCUCCACCAGCUCAUGUUCGCGGACCGCGACUACGAGCGCGUCUCCUCCAACGGGGCAUCGUCGUCAUCAAACGCAUUGGUCGCGGUUCAGAACUGGACCGGGCGCGGUUACUCCGUCGUUAGCGUGAACUGCCGCGACCGCCCGAAGCUUCUGUUCGACGUCGUGUGCACGCUCACUGACAUGGAGUACGUCGUCUUCCAUGGCACCAUAGGCACCGACGCCGAUCGAGCCUAUCAGGAGUUCUACAUAAGGCAUAUGGAUGGAAGUCCGAUCAGCUCCGAAGCCGAGCGGCAGCGAGUGAUUCAGUGCUUGCAAGCGGGUAUCGAGCGCAGAGCAUCUGAGGGACUGAUGCUGGAGCUGAGCAUGCCGGACCGGAGGGGCCUGCUGGCGGACGUGACGCGUACAUUCCGCGAGAACAGCCUCUCGGUGACGAGGGCGGAGAUCACGACCGAGGCCGGGGAGGCCAGGAACGAGUUCCGCGUCACCGGCACCGACGGCCAGCUGCCCGACCGCCGGGUGAUCAAUGCCGUCAUCGAGAGGAUCGGCAAAGACCACCUGAAACUGAAAGAGGAGCGGGCGCCGCCAUCUCACCAGAAGGCAACAGCUCCGCGGGAAGAGGCAGCGGAACACGGCGGCGGCGGGGUGGUGGGGCUGCUCGGCCUCGGUAACCUGGUGAUGAGGAAUCUCUACUACCUGGGCCUCGUCAGGUCCUGUUCUUAGAAACAUGGUGAGCGCAAUCGGGAAGGCAUCACAUGCGUUGGUUGUGUAAUUGCACUCUCUUUGCUGCUGCUACAUGCGUCCAGAGUUUGAAUCGGGUUCGAGUCUGUACAUAAGUGAUAGGAGUUGGUGUGCAAGUGAGAAAAUGGAAGCAUAUAUACCUCAUACAAGAGGAUAUCAGGGUCCCAUGUAGGGAAAUGGUGUGUAGCUGUGUACAUAGAAGGACGACGGUAAAGAAUGAAGAGAGAGAGAGAGAGAGAGAGGUUACAAACGGAAAAAGGGAACACUCCACAUAUUGGACUCCUGCCGACUGGAGAACGGUCGGUGAAGGCGGUGGUUGUGAAGGGGCAACCAAUGCCAGCUGUAGGGGAAAAAGGGUGUGGGGCUUUCUGUUACUGUUCUUCCCUUGUUCUGCACACGCGCUUUCUACAUAGCAUAACAACUGAUCUGCAUUGGUAUUACCGACAUUCCUUGAUCGACUGACGGAAAUCACUAACGGUGUUUAUUCAUUAAUCAUUGUUAAUGUGAAACACUGUACAUUUUCUUCUCAGCUUUUGUUUGCUUCUAGGAAGAGAAAGAGACCGGUGGUUACGGUCAACAGCAUCCGUGGAGACGUUGUUCUACCCCGAACGAGCGGGCACUCCAAUAUACGAAGGCAGAUGCAUUGAUUUGGCGCCCAUGGUUUUGAGCUUGAGCGUCGGAGAUGCACGCAGAAUCUGCAUUUGAUAUGGUAAAAAGGGGGGAUGCUUCUUCAACGAGGGAGAUGCUCCAGUGGACAGGUUGGGGUGGCAUUCGGCUGGAAUGCGUUUGUGAAUGCAUAUAGAAUGACCGGUGAAGAUUGAAUCAAUUAAAUAGCAUGAUACAAUUGAUCGUUUAGAGAUAGACUAUUCACUUAAAUCCUAGUAUGUUUGCUUGUUGUGAUAUUACUCCACAAAUGGGUUCUUGGUUGACUUAAAGACUCUGAGAAGAGAAUGUGUGAACUCCAUAUCCAAUGCCAGUCAUUUCUGGGCAUCAAAUAAUUUUGAUGCCACCGAACUAGAAGAAAAAUGCA